UCGAUAAAUUUUGGUUGAUUGUUAAGUCUGAAUUUGUACAGCUAUUGAUUCUCUCGAUCAUUUUUUUGAAAUCGUUCACAAUAUUCAUCCCCACUUUAUUACAGUUUCACAUUUUUUCAUUUUAGUUUGAAUCGGAAAAUCGUUCACUAGUGAAUUAAUUUCGAAAUCUCAUAUUAAUUUUUGGAUUAGUUUUCUAUUCAAUUUCUAAUGAAAAUUUAUUUUUCUACAUCAUAAGUCCAAGUCUUGCAAUCAAAUUAGCAACGACGGCCUGUCUAAUUCGCUUGUCUCUGAUCUCCAAUUGAACGCCAUUUGAAACGAAUCAAAAUGGCAUCUGCGUCGGGAAAUCGAAACAACAUUCCAGAAAGACUGGAAACUUCAUCGGUGAAUUUCUGCGAGAAACAUCCUGACAAGGCAGUGCGAUACUACUGCAACCCCUGCUCUAGUGCCAUUUGUGAAGUUUGCUGGGACGAAGACCAUGAAGACUGGAAUUCUCAUGGAGUCUCAACCAUGAACGUAUAUCUGAAGUUACAACAGCAAGUCCCCUCCCGAAUCUCAGACUACAGGAAGGAGUGUGAGAGGUUGAGUAGUCUGUUACAGGAGUGGCCGGUGGUUGUGACUCAAAUUGGAGCAGUUGAGCGGAAGCAGGAGUCCAUCUUGAGAAAUAGAUCUGCGCGUACUAUUGAAGAGAUGUCAAUUGAUGUGCGAAACUCACUGAAAUGCCAAAUGGCCGAUGUUCAGAACUUCAAGGGUAAAAUACUUGAACAAUUCAAGGAAAUUGAGCGUUCUUUUGAAGGGAUCUUUGGUGAUGCAGUGACGAUAAGUGAGGAUGAGAGCUCAACCAGUUUUUCGGUUGGUGUAAGAGGGCAGGUGGUGGCAGAGGGUAGUAGUAGUAGUAGUGGAGCCUCAGUUGGCGGUAGUAUAACAAGUGGAGCUCUUAGGCGGAACAAAGUGGGAAGUUGCAGUUCGGAAAAAGAGUUAACUGGGGGAGGGGCUGUAGGAAAGAAGGACGAAAAGAAGGACGCGGAGAGGGAAAAGAGAGUGUUGAUUGGAGUGGAAAUGAUGGGGAAGAUGGGUGAUCUUUUUGAAUGUUCUAGGGCGGUAUAUAAUUGGGAGACAAGAGAAGUGAUGUGUCUUGAUUAUAUAGUUUGUUCUGCAAUUAGAGUGUUUGGUGUGAAUGAGGCCAAUGACAAGUUGGAAGUGAAGAGGACGAUGGAGUGGGAGGGGGUCGCGAGAAUAGAAGACAUUUGGGACAUUUGUAUGGACGAAGUAAACAACACUAUGUAUGGAGUUGUAGCGAAAGAAGGAUUUAAUAGAGUGGAGGAGUUGGACCAGUGGAGUUUGAAGAAGAAGGGAGAGAGCAGCAACAGUGAGUUAGACACAAGAGGACUGCUCAAUAACGCGCAUUGGUAUCAUUGGCACUUGGCAUUAAAGAGAGACACAAUUGUAUUGGCAGUUGAGGGUGUUUUAGGUAUGUCUAGAGGUUGGACCAGUGUGGUCAUUUACAGGAAUAGUGUGAGAAUAAGAGAGCACACUCUGGCACAUCUGGGCAUUUAUGUGAGCGGAGGUGUGCGGAGGCCUGGUUGUGUGUUGGUCAAUGAGACCACCCUCCUUCUCAGUUGUGGAACUUGUUCAAAUAAAGUGGCAGUGGUCUCAUUGCCACCACACUCACAUCACAAUCGAACAUCUGCUUCAUCGUCCUCACCCUUCUCUUCCGCCAACAGCACAGUGAAUGUGAAGUAUUUGAUUGCCACUGGAGUGGAUAGGGUAUACUCCUUUGUUUGGACACCAUCUGGAGAAGAGCUCCAAGGAUAUCUAUGGGUGGGGGAUUUUAAGAACAAAAAGACACUUGUGUUCAAAGUAGACCUCGAGACAGACUUGAAGAAUGUGGAAGCUGGUAAGGAGACACAACUACAACAAGUGCAUAACAUAUUACCCUCAGAGAAAGGAAUCAUUCCAUUAAGUCCUACUGAUGACUCGACCAUUUUUGCACUCGAGUACGCAGAAGAACAAUGGUCAGGUCAACCAGUACUGCUUAAAUUAAUGUUUUCUUCCACAUGA